AUGAAUAACUCAUCACAAAUGUCGACGGACGCAAGGAACGCUGAUACGGUCGCUGGCCUGCGCAGAGUGCGGUCGAUGGGCGAUUUGCAACCCCCAAGAACGACCAGGCGCCAUCACCGGGACCGGAUUCGUCAUUCCCAGCAUCCUCUGGGGUUGAGCGAUGCUCGACGGGAUCAGAUUAUGAAUCGUUCUACUAUCGGAAACCCCUCGUCCGUGACUCCCCCCGACGCCAACAAUGCCGCCGCGACCGUCGGCGGGAUGUGGGUACCCCCGCCGUUGAUGAUGCAGCAGAUGGAGGAGGCCCAAGCGCACCACCGUGGGGCCGCAAAUCUGCUGAACCAACCUCAACGACAGCACAACCUGUCCUGGUACAGCAAAAUCAUGGCGUUCUUUGGCUAUGGACGGGGCGCAUCGCACUCACGCCGACUCCUCGUGUCUCUGCUAUGGAAUCUAGCGCUUGGCUUUGCGCAGGCUCGUCUUGUUCGUGGUGAUCGUGGCACUCUUGGCCGUCUCAGCAAAUACGGAAAGUCCAACGAUGCCGGGGCUGACAGAAUGGACAGCAUGCUCUCGUCCUCUGGGUGUUUGGUGCUGUCUGUGGGUGGGGAGGGUAGCGCUAGCCUGCGUUCUCACUUACUGGGGUUGGAAACGGGACCACCAGCCCCUAAUGAUGCUGAAGCUGCCAACAUUGAACCAUCAAUGAACCAGACUAAUGCUGAUUUACGCCGUCAACCAGCACCCGCAUCAACGAGCAGGCCGUCCCGCAAUUCGACUAUGGACGGCCGUAAUCCGCGCGAUCCACCCCCACCCCCGAUCCGUCCUAUACUGUACACGCGACUUUCGCUCCUGUCGUCUCUCUUGACGCUCAGCUGGUUCCUCACUGCUCAUAUCCUGGAGUAUACAUCAAUCAAUACAUGUCGCUUCUCGUCACCGCAUCUCUGGUGGCUUGUCUUCGGGAUCUUGUGCUUAAUGUACAUCAUGGUCCUCGAGGUAGUCCUAAUCGGAUUCGUCGUCUUCGUUAUCGCACCGAUUCUCUUCUUAUGCUGGAACAUCCUGCUGAUGUGCCUAGGGCGGCACCCUUUGCAGAACCCGUCUCUCAUCAAGCCAGAAAUCGGUAAGCUGCCCAAAUCGGUGGUCGACCGUAUCCCACUUGUCAUGUACAUUCCACCAUCCCCCGAGGAUUCCAAAUCACCCGUUACUGUCCCUGAGGCAGUACAUGCCUACCCGCCAAAGACAACCGUAAAACCGUCAACACCCUCGCGGCGGUUCAAAUUCCUACGGAUAUCGCGCAAGAAACUGGCCACGUCGACGUCAGAGAAGGGCGAGGGUGGGGAAGAUGCAAAGUCUCCGUCAGGAAAGGGCGCUGAAGAUCCUCAAACGUGGGAGAACCAAUGGGAGCAGUGCGAAUAUCCGUUUGUAAAGUUGGAAGGAAACCGCGCGGCGUGCGCGAUUUGUUUGAUGGACUUUGAAGAACCUAAACGUGUGCAGUCGGGCAAUGAAGGCCAGCCAUCGGGUGAGGGCAAGGCUGACUCGCUCGUAGGAGAGCCCCCCGCGACCGACGCCAACACGACACUCGUCGAGCCGUCUGCUGCUGUGCAGGAGAUCGGGGUCGAGACCCCAUCUUCGGAGAGUGACGAGGAUAAACUUAGGUUGACGGACGCCGGAGAGGGUGCGCAGCCCCUACGACUGCUAGCUUGCGGUCAUGUUUUCCACAAAACGUGUUUAGAUCCGUGGUUGAUCGACGUAUCAGGGAGGUGCCCAGUAUGUCAGCGCGCCGUUGAAAUCCCAGCACAGUCGAAGAAGAAGAAUAAUGGAAAUAGGAACCGCAGUUAA